GGCGACAUCUAUUGUAAAAUAAACAUAUUGUAACAAAAAUCGAACCUAAAUAACAAUUCAAUCGCAAAAAAUGUUUUAAAAUGCGCAUAAAUUGUGUAUUACAAUUUACAAGUCAUUAAAUUAACGCACAGUGAUAUUAUAAGUUUUUAAUUCUUCAAGUGCAGUAAAAACUUUGAGCAAUUUAUAACAUAAUGGUUCCUUACGUUCCAACCUUUGUCUAUUAUGCCAUUCCUGCUGCUAUAAUUCUAUACAGCUUAAGAAAAUAUAGAGAAAGUAAAUGGGGAAGAUGCAAAAAUAAGGUGUCUUUACAGGGUAAAAUAGUUAUUGUGACUGGAGCAAAUUGUGGUAUUGGUUAUGAAAUUGCUAAGGAAUUUUCUAAACGUGGUGCUAAAGUUAUUUUAGCCUGCAGGAGUGAGGAUGCUGCUCUAAACGCAAUACUUAAAAUUGAAAAAGAAAUUAAUGCUAAACAAGAUUUGGUAUUUAUGGAGUUAGAUUUAGCUUCUUUAAUUUCCAUAAAACAAUUUGCUGAUAAAAUAAACCAACAAUACGACAAAAUACACAUAUUAGUAAAUAACGCUGGAGUCUCAUACCCAGAUGAUUCUGAUGCAGUAACAAAAGAUGGAUACGAAAUUCACUUUGGUGUUAAUCAUUUGGGCCAUUUCUUUUUGACCAAUUUAUUGUUGGAUAAGAUUGAAAAUGGAAAUCCUAGCCGUGUAGUGAUAGUAUCAUCACUAUUGCAUCAAAAGGGAGCCAUAGAAUUUGAUAGUUAUGAUAAAAUCGUUGGCACAAAAAAUUUGUAUGCCAAUUCCAAAUUGAUGAACAUGUAUUUUUGCAAAGAAUUAAGUAAAAAAGUAAAGGAUAGAGGAAUUAAUGUAUAUGCUGUGUGUCCUGGUUGGGUUUUCACUUCUUUAUUUAGACAUAAUAUGAAAAGAAUUGUAAAAUAUUUUGUUUUUAUUUUACCAGUGGCGUUUUUAUACAUGAGGACAGCUAAUCAGGGAGCUCAAACUGCAAUUUAUUGUGCUACCGAACCCAACUUAGGCGAUGAAUCUGGCGGAUUUUACCGAGAUUGUGAUAAAUUUGAGUCUAAAGUACAAUUUUGCGAAGUCCUAUCUAAAAAACUAUGGGCUACAAGUGUAAAAUCUAUUGAAGAAAGCGGAUUUAAAGUUUAAACGUUAUUUGCAUUAUGGAUUUGCAACAGUUUUGAAGCACAAUAAAUUAUUUAAACUAAA